GCUUUACAUUGUGUUUUGUUUUGCAUUUGGGCUUCAUGGGAGAAGACGAAGUGUCCAUUUGACAUCGUUAGCGGGGUUUAACGAUAAAUAGUGCGUGUCAGGCUCAUAAGAUGCUCAUUUGACGCGCCGCAGCUUCCAGAGCAAACCACCCGGGCAAAGUCUAGAUCAGCCUCGCUCGCUUUUUAUGACAAUUAAUCCGCACCCGUUCCAGGAAGUGGUGGCCUGUAGAUGUUUUGGCAGUUUUCCUGAGACGGCAGAUCGUUGACAGACUCGAGGAGUUGUGCCUUAAGUGAUGGUGAAGAAGAGGGGCAGUACGUGUCUGAUAGUGAGCUCCAUGGCCACGCUGCUGGUGCUCAUGCUGGUGCUGUACGGCAGCUUCAGCGCGCAGCAGGCGGCCAGCCCCGGCCUCACGCACGACUACCAGCUGCUCGGCAGACCGCUGUACAAACUGGACCUGAGCUGGCCCAAGUACCCGGAGCUCUUCACCGGGGACGUGUUCGCCGUGGCUGUCAACCAGCAUGCAGGAGUGGUGUAUGUAGCACAGAGAGGUGACAAUGUGCCCAAAGUGCUGGUCUUCACCACAGAUGGAGAUUUCCUGAUGCCCUGGAACACCACCACCCUGGAGAUGCCUCAUGGGAUAUUUUUGGCAGAUGCUGACUCGUCCAACCCCACCGUCUGGAUCACAGAUGUGGGGACUGGCCCGUAUGGCCACUGCAUCAAACAGUACUCGCCCUCUGGGAAGCUGCUGCAGGUGCUGGGCACACCAGGCAUAGCUGGCUCUGGGGUCAACCCUCUGCAGUUUGACAGCCCAGCUGAGAUCUUCGUCCACAGCUCCGGAGAGAUGUACAUUGUUGAUGGAGAUGGAGGGAUGAACAACCGCCUCAUCAAGCUGUCCAAAGAGCAGGAAGUGCUGUGGAUGCACGGGGAAAAAGGUCAGGGCAUGGCUCAGUUUUACAUCCCUCACAGCGUGACGGUGGACAACGCUCAGAGGGUGUGGGUGGCCGACAGGGGCAACAAGAGGAUCCAGGUUUUUAACUCCAUCACCGGGGACUGGCUGGGGACGUGGGGCAGCUGCUUCACCGAGGAUGCCCCGUAUUCUGUACGACUCACCCCAGACAAGAAGUACUUUGUCGUCGUCCAGCUGAACACCAAUCAGAUCUCCCUGCUGGAUGCACCACCAGUGGGCGUGAUCGGCCAGUGCCGGGUGGUCAGUGUGAUCCAGCUGGCUGACGAAGUCAAGCCACACCUGGUGGACUUGGAUCUGAAGACGGGGUCUCUGUACGUGGCCGAGAUUGCAGGCCAGCAAGCCCAGAAGUUCACCCCCUUCAGUCUGGGUGGGAGUUUUGUUUAGAGCUAGGCUGCACAGCUAACUGAAAAAGUAUUGGAAUUGCAAUAUUGACCACUGCAGUUUACAGACUAACAUUUUUCUUGAGGGGAAAGUAGUGUUGAAAGGGAUUAGUUAUUUAAUUGAUCAGUCAAUCCACAGACAAUCAAUUGUUUAUAAUUUUGAGCAUCAAUUGAUCAUCUUAGUUGAAGUCAUUACUCAAAGCUUCCCAUACACUGAAGGUGGCUUGCUUCUCUCCAUUCCAUAUCAUUACCUAAUCAUUACUUUCUGGCUGCUGGUCAGACUAGGUAAGCAAUUUGAAGACAUCGCUUUGACCUCUGCAAACUUCUCCAAACUGAUGGGCAUUUGACUCUUUGACAUUUUCUAGACUAAAUGAUUAAUUGAGAAAUAACCUAUAGAUCAAGUUAAUAAUGAAAAAAAUCACAAUCACAUGGUUUUUGUAAACUCUGUAUUCUUGUGCUGGAUUGAACACCUAGAACAAAUCAAGCUGCAUGUCAGAGAAAAUGUGCCGUCAAGCUUUAGUAAUAGUCACUGCACUAACACCCCUGCACAUUCAUGAUGAUGAUGGUAUCAUCUCAUAUCAGUAUUGUAAAACCCUGCUGUGGAAACAUUUGAUAGCUAGGAAGACAAAAAACAGGCAUGAUAACUUCACACUAGUUAAUUGCUUUGGGGUGGGACAUGUAUGCAGAGAGAGUUUUCAAAGAGCUGGUUGACGUUUUUCAUACUGGCAGCUGUACUUAAUUACACAAAGUAACUGUAAUUCGCCUUUCUGCAUGUCUUCAGAGGUCAGAUUACAGGAUAGCCUGCAGGCCAGCAUCCCUGCCUGAGGAAGUGCAUGCCACUGUGCAUAUCAUAUAGCCAGUUUACAUCACCUGAGAUCAGAUAAAACACCCAAAGCCAUCAUACCGCUUCAUCCUUCAGAGCACAAAGUGUUCUUGUUCAAAUGAACCUUUAUGCCUACAAGUUCUUGUGUUGCUGGGUGCAUGCCAAUAACAGAAAAAAAUCAAGACGUUGCUUUCUUCCCACCACUAAAGACCACAAUAGAACGUAAUGGAAGAAAGCUGUGGGUCUGGGCCAUCAGGAAUACAUUCCAAGUGUUGCACAGUAUCCUCACCCGCUGUGUGAUGUAACCAGAUCAACAGAGGCAGCACUCUCUUUAUAUUUUACUUAGUAAGUGAAUAAUGACUGCUUCAGGAGACCUUUUUCACAGCAGUCAUUUUGACAUGAAUAGCAGGUAGCAGGCCUAACAGAGCCGGGGUCCUGGUGUUGUGCAUUCUGGAUCAUUGGAAAGGCUCUGCUGCACUUCAGUAGAAUGGAACCUUAAAUAAUGUCAUUAAUAACACUGUUUUUACUCUGCUUUUCCAUGUCAAAAAGGCUGCUACGUAAAGGUCUGCUGCUGAGCAAGACUACAUUGUAGAAGCUUUAAGAAGAAUAUCCUGCUCAUGUGGCAAUAAGGCUGUUAUGACACCUCUGGCCACUAGGUGGUGCUGUAACGCCAACAUGCACUGCAGCUGGGUUAACUGUCAACACAGAAGUCCUACUAAUGUACACGUACAGGACCCUUUUCUGGGGGCUGUCGAAAGGCAUUCUGGGAAAUGAAGGAAACAUUUACAUGGCAGUGCAAGUCAUGAUGAGGGAAAGUGAAUAAAGGUAAACAACACUUCAUCACAAAAUCACUCAAGGAACAUACUUAACACCACAGAUUGAUGUUAUAUAGGAUUUGAGGGCAAAAGUUUAAUUUAAGAACAAUCACAGUUACUUCAAAAUCAAAUGUUGAGAAAAUGUUAGACAUAAGGUGGAUUCAUAGCUCAUCAGUAAGGAAUUUGAAAGAAGGCUUUAUCAUUAGCAAAUACACUGCACUUCUCAUUUUGAAUGGAUUUUUGAAUGAAGGGUGCACAGAGCACAGCCCGAGUUAGUAUGUUACCAUUGUCUGACACUGGUGUCAGUUUGUCCUCAGUGCUGUGCUUAUUUAAUGAAUAUUUGUGAGAUUAUCGUUUAAAAAGGAGCAUUCCUGACGCUUGUCGAUAAAAAACAUUUGUGUUGUGAUUUGCACACUUUGUAAGAGAGUUGCCUUUGUGCUUUGCUGGGUUUUAUACUUCAAGUUUUUCUCUUUCUGCAUUGAAUUUUGUACAUUGCUUUUUUGUGAGUGAUCUAUGUUGACCUUAGAAAGCUGUAAUUCACUCGGUUACAGCCACUUCCUUGGCAUACUAAUUUGGUGUUAUUAGUUAGAUAUGGAAAAAAUUCAGCAUUUAUAUUUUAGGCAUUUAUUCAAAGUCAUUCAGAGCUUCAGACACUAUAAACAAGACACGUGGCUGCUGAUGGACACACAUUACAUUUGGGAGGUGAACUGGGUGAACUUUGGCUUUGACUCAUCUUCUGCUGCCCCAGCCUGUCAUCACAUUAGCCAGACGAGCUCAUUUUCAGUUUUGUCAACAGGCAUUCACAUGUGAUGGUUGAUAUGAAAUGUGUUCACACCCAAUACUUAAAGACUGGAUAAGGUUUAAGAAACAAUAUUCUGUAUCACGCUGAAGAAAUAACUUGGCAUGUAAAACAGCCAGAAUGUUUGAUGAUCCCAUAGGUGUGGCUUAUAAAUAUGUUUUAUGGUUUCAUUUUGCACAUGUACACUGGAAAGCCUUGCCACUGCAUAUGUUACCAAAUGUCUUUUUUUUGAGUUUGUACACUGAUGCUAUGGACACUUGAGUUAUUGAUGUAUGAUUUCCUAUCACCCGAUCUGGUCAGGAUGCUUUACCUGGCCGUUGUGGACUCUGACGUCUUUAAGUAGUAAAGUUAGUCUGUCUGGACACACAGUCCAAAUGCCUGUCGGAGCAGCGUAGAGUACCAUCCACAUGUGGCCUUUAAACAUUACAUCUUCAUGAUUACAAAUUUUAAAAGACACACAUUGAAAAGAAGAGUGGCAGUGUAACCUGACAUGCAGCUGAAAUGCUUUUCUUUGAACACAGCACUCUGCAUACGUAUGUGUUAAGCCUGUAAAGCCUGAGCCAUCAAAUAAUUGACUGGAAAUUUCCAAUUCUUUGAAACUGGAGCCAUUAUUGGUCCAACUAAACAGCCAAAAAAAAAAAAAAAAAAAAAAAAAUCAAAUAUCAAUUCCCAACUAUGAGUUUCAAUUUGUGUCAUAUUAAAUUGUUAAUGUCAUGUUAAAUUCUUUAACACAUUGGUAAUUCCAAACAUAUAAAAGAAGACUUUUCCUUCCAAACACAGAAAAUAACACUUUUUCCAUUAUUUAGUAUUAUCUUUUUAUUAUUUUGACCAAUUUGGUGAAAAUGACCUCAAUAUACCUGCUGUGUUAAAUUUGAUACAGCCGUUUUCAACACGGUUUUACAAACAAAAACGUCAUGAAAUGUUCAGUAAUUUCACAUUGCAUCAACUCAGUAAUUUUUCCUAUCGAUGUUUCAGUAAAAAUUUGCUGUACAGUUGAUGUACAAGGCUGAAAACAAUCAUGUCUUAAAUAUGACACGUGCGGUUUUAUAGGGUUAAUUAUUCGAAAAAUCACAUGUUGAGCCUUGCCCCAAUAAGGUCCCAGUGUACUUCACCGAGAAUAUGUAGCACUUCAACACCUUGAAACCCAUGAAGAUGCUGUCACACUGGAAUAUAUUAUAUUCAUAUGUAUACUUAUUCUUUUUUCAAAUAUAUUUGGAAAGAAAAUUUUGUUCAGAGACUUAAAUGCAACAUAAUGCAGUAAAAGCCAGCCUCUAGGGCCCAGGCUAGGUAAAAAGCAAGAGUAAAAAAAAAAAAAAAAGAAAGAAAGAAAUCCGGCAAAAAACUAGUGAUCUAAGAAA